ACACGCGCCUGGAGCACCCGCUCCUCAGUUCCACCGAAGCGGCCAUGGAGCUAGGCCACAGUGAUCGCCUCUCCGUGGCAUACCAUCAUCGCCAGUCGGGACCCAUAUAGGGGAACACCAUCAUCCUCUACACUGUUUUCCAGUUGCCUGCAGUGGCAUGCGCAGAGCGUCCUCGCUGACCUUCUCAGGGUUUGAUCCUGUCACUGACGGGCGUUGCCCUGUUAGACCUGCAGGAACUGUACGACACCAGCGUCGGAGCGGUGUCCCACCUGAUGACCAGCAGGUCUGUCGGAACCCUCGUAGGAUCUCUUGCUGGAGGUCACCUGUUUGACACCUGUAACAGACAACUGCUGAUAAUCCUCACUGUGGCGUUGAUGUCUGGCACCUUCGUGUUCCUGCCGUUAAGUGUGAACCUCUACUUGUCUUAUCUCGCCAGCUUCUUGAACGGCAUCGGAGUAGGUGCCUUUGACACAGGUGCCCAGGUCCUGCUCAUCAGAUUGUGGCCAGCCAAUCCAGGACCGGCACAGCAUAUCUACCACUUCUGCUUCGGCGUGGGAUGUCUGUUGGCUCCGUUACUCGCCCACCCUCUCCUUUCUGUCGACGCUCACGACAGCGAAUCACAUGUCACCUCCAACCAUUCGCUAUUCAGCACGUCGCCGACUGUGGACGACUUUCCAGUCACCAGUCGUUCUUCAGCAACUGCACCGGAAUCCAGAAUUCACUAUGCCUUUCUCAUCGUCACGAUCUACCUUGCUGCGGUUGUCGUCUUUCUUGCUGUCCUCUACAUCGUUGAUAAGAGGAAGAAAGAGGACAUAGUGUUUCCUCAGACGAAUGACACAGACGCUGUUCAAUCAUUCGCCACCAGUGACGUCCGAUUCUCAAGAAUUCUUAUAGGCCUAGCGGGAGUCUACAUAGCUGCCUUCGUAACCAUGGAAUGCGCCUACGGGCACAUGUUGACGACCUUUGGUGUGAAGAGCGACCUGCACAUGCCGAAGUCCACCGCUGUAUACCUAACGGAAUUCUUCUUCGCAACGUUCACGGCGGCGAGAGUGCUUGCAGCACUGGUUUCCAUUAAGGUGUCUCAAUAUGGAUUGCUGCUCGCGUCGAACGUGACAUUACUCUUUGCCUUCUGUGCACUGUCGGUGUGGGGCGCAAAGUCCAUCACGGUACUGUGGGUUGGAACGGCCCUAUCUGGCCUGGGACAAGCGGCCAUCUACGGUGGUGUGGUCUCCUUCUGUGCCGACUACAUGGAAGUGACAAACAAGAUGAUGUCCGUGAUUAUAUUUACGGACGGCAUUGGCGCCAUGCUCGCACCAGUACUAGUCGGAUCGUUCAUAGAAGGUUUCCCAAUGAUGUUGAUGUACUUGUGCUUGGCGUUGGCGAUAGCGAUGAGUAUCAUCUUCAUUGUGCUGCACCUGCUCACUAGAAAACGGAACAAGCUUAAGGGUAGUUCAGAGACAGAAAACGCAAAUGACGCUGUUGAAGUGAAAUCGAAUGACUAGUCUGGAUGACUACCGAGUCCAUAAUGUGUCGGAUGGCGGACCCCCA